CAGUCGAAGGUUGUACUACAGCAUAGUACUGCAAACAGCUGUGGAAGCGUCUUCUGCUUUGUACACACGUUUCGCUGAUCUGGUCAAUGGAUUACACAGUUUCCCUACAAGUGCAGCAUCAAUUGACGGUGUUCCCGACACACUUGUACCAGGGUUACAGUUUGGAGUUACAGAUGAAGUCUACAGAAGUGGACCAAGGGCUUUUCACAGACACCUACUGUAAAGUGUGCAGCGCUCAGCUCAUCUCAGAGUCCCAGAGGGUUGCCCACUAUGAGAGUCGGAAACAUGCCAAUAAAGUGCGGCUGUAUUACAUGCUACAUCCCGUGGAUGGAGGCUGCCCAGCAAAGAAACUCCGAACAGACAAUGGCAGUGAGGAGGGAGACGUGGACAAGAACAAGUGUUGCACACUGUGUAACAUGUCCUUCACCUCAGCAGUGGUGGCACAGUCACAUUACCAAGGCAAAAUCCACGCCAAGAGACUAAAGCUGCUGCUGGGGGAGCAGCUGCCAUCACAGCAAAGGUUAGCUUCUCUCUCUCUCUUAAAGCCCUGAAGGGAAGAAACGACCCCAGUGACCUCUCCUCGGCAGCGCAGGGACUCGGACCGCUACUGCCAGCUAUGCAACGCCUGGUUCAACAAUCCGGGCAUGGCGCAGCAGCACUACGACGGCAAGAAGCACAAGAAAAACGCGGCUCGCGCCGACCUCCUGGAACAGCUGGGCAAGACCCUGGACAUGGGAGAGAUGAAAGGUCUGAAACGUAGCUAUACCUGUGAAGUCUGCAGUGUCACACUCAACUCUGUGGCACAGUACCAUGCACAUCUGCAGGGCUCAAAGCACCAAAACAACCUGAAGAAUCAGAUAUGUGUCCAGUGAAUCUUGAAGAACAAAACAAACCAUUUGAUUGAUGUCAGACAAGCUGUGUUCAGCUUGCCCCAAUUUUUCUGCCUCUGCCCUGCUUUCUCUCUCUACCACACAAACACACACACACACUCUAUCUCUGUCUCUCUCCGUUGCCCUGCUAGCAUACAAUAGGAGAACACAUUUUUUGUUUUUAAAUGCUUCAGCUCCACAGCAUCUGUCUCACCUGUCAACUUAAGGCUUCUGCAGAACUCUUGUCAUUUUGGCCAUGUGAUAAUCGACAUUCCACAGAUUCUGCAUUUCACACCAACAUAUUCUCAGUACUUUUAAAGACAAUGGUCGACGAGAAUAAAAGUGGAUCCAGCAAAGGGACAGUCCCCUCAAUGCAUGAUGAAAUGAACGACCUGCAACUUCAUGCUAACUAUGCUUUUGCUUUAGUUGUAAGUGGUUAGAGAGAGGAAGACUCUCAAUGGCAUUUUGGCUUGAGUAAUAAAGUGUUUUUUUGUAUUUUACCUGAAAUAGAAUAUGUAUAAGAGAACUGAUAUAUAAGUAAUGUAUUGUUUUUUAUCUUAUUUAUGAGUAAUUCAUUUUAUUUUUAAAAUGUAUUUUGCCCUCAGACUGUUUUUUUCCUUUAGAAUAAUGUAUAAUAAUAUAGUAAUGUUUGGGUCUAUGCUAUAUAUUCCCAUCUAAUCUCACAGUAACAUAAUAUCCCUGGUGGACAAGUUGGCAAUAAUAAUGACAGUUUGUACAAUGUCAUUGAACAUAAUGGCAUGGUGCACAAGUUGCUUUAUAUAUAAUACAGUAAAAGAUUUUCAUAAUGUUUACAAUUUGAAUCUGAGCUGAUUUAUCUGCAGCUCUAGUAGUCCUGGAAGGAGACCCUAAAUAGGGGAUCUACAGGUAACUGUCAAAAUAAAGGAAACACAAUAAGGUAUAUUGAAAGCAGGUGUAUUGAAAGCAGGUGCUUC